UAUAUAUGAUUUUUUUACGCAUGACAGGAGGAAACUUUAGUGGAUGAUUUUGAGAUUUUGAGCAUUUAAUUUAGCGUCCGACGCGUUAUUGCCAGGUUUAAAUGAUCAUAGACACGUAUUUCUGUUUAUUGAGCGUAUUUUCUGAAAAUAAUUCAAUCAUCUGCUUUUGUAAAUACAGAAUAAGCAAAUAAUUCUUGCUUUGGAUUUUGGCACUCCCGGCUCCACAAAGAUUCACUAUAACUGUGCCUUUGAAAUUAAGCGUCCCUGUUUUGUUUUGUUUUUUUAUCCGGGUUCCUGUUUGUUGGUGCAACACAAAGGGAAGAAGGAGGAGGAGGAGGAGGAGGAGAGGGUGCUGCUCCAAGUCGAACCGAGCUGUGCGCCUAUGCGCUCUGUUGGAGAAUCGCGUUACGCCCAGCCAUGGAGAUCACCGUCGGGGGAGGGACUUUUUUCACAUGUGGAAAGGGGAAUAAAUGUUGCUCUCAGCUGUCUCCUCCAGAGCUCAGGGUCUUUCUGGGACACCUGCGUCCUCGUAUCCAGGAUUAAGCCGCGCGUAAAAAAAAAAGAAAAAAAGUCAGAAAUUGAAAAUUCGUAAAGUUUUGACAAUGUUAGGCAGCGGCAACACGGCAGCGAUCCCAGGUCCUAAGGAGCAGAGGGGGCCAGCGGCCGAGAGGACCAAGGACCCCAUCAGGAGGCUCGGGAUUCUGGACAAUGAGGACAUCCGCGUGAUGAUGCAGGGCUGCAGCAUGGUGAAGGUUCGCUCUCUGAGGUGGCAGAAGAGCCGGAGCCUGCGGCUGCUGGACGACGGGCUCACCGUGUGGUGCGAGACGACGAAAAGCUCCCGCAAAGGCAAAUCCCAGCAGACGUUUGCAGUGACAGAGGUGGAUUGUGUGCGCGAAGGCUGCCAGUCGGAUGCUCUGAGGCGACUGUCGGGGACGGUGCCGGACGAGCAGUGCUUCACGGUGAUCUUCAAGGGAUCCAGGAAGAGCCUGGACCUGAUGUGCCCCUCUGCCCAGGAGGCCCAGCGCUGGGUGCGAGGCAUCCGCUUCUUAAAGGAGCGCGUCAGCUGCAUGACGCAGAAGGAAAAGUUGGACCAUUGGAUUCGAGGCUAUCUGAAGCGCGCAGAUGAGAACCAGGAUGGUAAGAUGACCUACGACGAGGUCAAACGGCUGCUGCAGAUGAUCAACAUCGACCUGAAUGAGCAACACACUCGCUGUUUAUUCAAGCGCUGUGACAAAACCUGCGACGACCGUCUGGAUCACAAUGAGAUCGAAGAGUUCUGCAGGGAGAUCAUGCGGCGACCCGAGCUGGACGCCGUGUUCAGGCACUACUCCAGCAACGGCUCUGUGCUUUCCACUGCGGAGCUGCGCGACUUCCUGGGAGACCAGGGAGAGGACGCCUCGCUGAAAAACGCUCAGAAUCUCAUAUUCACCUAUGAGUUCAAUGACAGGGCUCAGAAGAAGUUGUGCAUGACACAGAACGGUUUCACAACGUAUAUGCUCUCUAUGGAAAACGACGUCUUUAACCCAGACCACGCCCAGAUCUACCAGGACAUGACUCGCCCCCUGGCCCAUUACUACAUCUCCUCGUCACACAACACCUACCUCACCAAGGACCAGGUCACCAGCGACAGCAGCACCGAGCCUUACAUCCGGGCUCUGAAUCAGGGCUGCCGCUGUGUGGAGCUGGAUUGCUGGGAUGGGGAUAAAGGCGAGCCUGCCAUCUACCACGGCCACACCUUUACCUCCAAAAUUCCCUUUAAGGAGGUGAUUGAAACCAUCAACCAGUACGCCUUUAAGGCGUCUCCGUACCCCCUGAUCCUGUCCUUGGAGAACCACUGUUCCGUGGAGCAGCAGGCUGUCAUGGCCAAACACCUCCGCACCAUUCUGGGCAAGAAACUGCUCACCGAGCCUCUCAGCGACCUGCCGCCAAAAGAGCUGCCUUCCCCUGAAGAGCUCAGGGGGCGUAUCCUGGUGAAGGGGAAGAGGCACACUCCUCACCUUGGUCAGCUGGGAAAGAACGGGAGCUUCGCCAGUUUCUCGUCGAGCUGUGAAGACGAACAAGCAAGCACGAACAAGAAUGACCCCGCUAAGCAGAGUUGUUCCAAGAUGAGCAAGGAGUUGUCGGAGCUGGUGGUGUACUGCAACAGCGUCUCCUUCCGAGGCUUUGAAAGUGUAUCUAAAUUACCUCCGGAUGAAAUGUCUUCUUUUUCGGAAAAUGAAGCGCUCAAGCUCAUCAAAGACUCUGGAAAACUUUUUGUACGGCACAACAGCAGGCAGCUGAGCCGGAUCUACCCCUCUGGCCAGCGCCUCCAAUCAUCCAACUUUGAUCCUCAGGAAAUGUGGAACGGCGGCUGCCACAUGGUGGCUCUGAACUUCCAGACGCCUGGGGAGCAGAUGGACCUCAACCAGGGUCGCUUCCUCCCCAAUGGUCGCUGUGGAUAUAUUCUGAAGCCCAGAUUUAUGUGCAGCCCGACAUCCGACUUUAACCCUGAGAACACGGGCGGAGGCCCCGGACACACCCCCACCCAGCUGACCAUACGAAUAAUAUCUGCUCAACAACUGCCAAAGAUAAACACGGAGAAAGCCAGCUCCAUCGUGGACCCACAGGUGAUGGUGGAGAUCCACGGGGUGGCUAUAGAUAAGGCCAGGAAAAAAACCCACCGCAUUGACAACAACGGUUUCAACCCAAGAUGGGACUGCACUCUGAGCUUCCAGCUGCAAGUCCCUGAACUAGCUCUGGUGCGCUUUGUUGUGGAAGAUCACGACCACGCCGUCAAAAAUGACUUUGUGGGACAGUUCACGUUGCCCUUCACAAGUCUCCGCACAGGAUAUCGACAUGUUCACCUGCUGAAGGCCGAUGGUUCCAGCUUGUCUCCAGCCACGCUCUUCAUCCACGUAAAAGUGAGCCGCGGAGGAGUUCCUGUCAAGAGUGUGGCAGAGCGUAUAGCCAUGGCGAAAGGCAAAGUGUGAAACGCGUCUGAACCACAUGGAAAGAAACAUUUUUUAGAUGUGAAAAGGGCUUCUGAGUAGGAAGCCUUUAAAGUGAAGGGGACUGCUGUUGUUACAGCCACCCCCACUCCUCACCAGGACCUCAAGUGGUCCAUUUCUGCUCAGCUGCUGCAAAAUACCAGAAAGACGAUGUAAUUUGAAAAGGCUGAAUGGCAAGAUGGCUCUCAGAUGCACUGUGAAAACAAGAAGACUGAGGCUCACACGGCACUCUCACACAUCACUAAUGUUUUGAUGCUAAAUCUGAGAGACUUCUGCAUAGAAGAAAUGUGUUUUUAUUGAUUUUUGUGAAGUAGGCAUCAGAAAAGUUUUAAUUCAUUUUUUUUUAUGUUCUAUUUUUAAAGGAUGAAUUGAGACUGACAAAAACAGAGCACUUUAUCAACAGAUGCCAUGGUCCUGAUGGUGCUGUGAAAAGGAAGCUAGUCAUAACUGCCUCUGCCUUAAAAAAGAGUGCAUUUAAUUUUGUUUUUCUAUUUAAAGACUGUUUUAAUUCAGCUGUGCUAACCUUUUAAUCUCUAUGUCUCAAAGUUUGUUCAGUCCAUCUUAAAAAUAAUUGUAGCGUGUAGAUAAUAUUUAUCUGUAGUUAUGGCAUAUUUGCCUGACUGAAACAAGUAUUAUAUCAGAACUAGUGUUGAACUAACUCAUGUUAUGUGGCAAAUCUGUUAAUUACUAUUUUUUUUUUAUUGACAGUUUCGAUUAAUGCUAACAGUAACAAAUGUUCUCAACCUAUGGCUGCAACAACCACACAAGGUUGUUUUUUUUUUUGUCGAUUCUAACAUGUACAACAAUUGAAGGAAUAUUGCAGUGUUUAAGAGACUUCCUCUUUAUAAAGCACUAAUAACAUCAUAGAAUGAGACUUGUCUUAUUAAUGUUUUUGUAUUUUUAUUUUGCUUUGUUGUUUGUUUUCAAAAUGCUGUCAAGAAUCAAGAGUGUGGAUGUACACUUCCAAUCCGAAGUUUUCACCAGCUCACCAUAGACCCGAAUGCCAUAUUAAUUUAGGGCUCUUGUAUAUUUAAUUUAAACCACUAAUUUCCAGAGUGAAUGACUAUGCAACACACAAUUGCAAAAUUUGGUUGCAGCUAGCUUGAAAUUAUUUUGAAUGUUCUUUAAUUCAAGGCCAAAAUGAAAUGUUCAUGCUCAAAUAUUAGCAUACAUUCACAUUGAUCUUUUAAAUGUCGGUGCCAAAGUCUGGAUUUGCCCUGGGAUGUCUUACUAGUGCAGUGAAAUCCUGCAAACUUUGGUGUCCAUAAGGCAACCUGCUCAGAUGCCAGAUCACUUCAGCUCACUCUGAUUAAUGUGAAGGGAGCUGCAGCUCUGUUCCAACGGGGAAAGCUCUUUUCAGCCGUGUGUGUCUGGCAUCUUGGGUUUUUGUCUCUUGUUUCAUGACAAUAAGUGAGAGUCACAACGAAGAUGGGCCUUCACAAACACAAUCAGCUCCCACAUUAGUUCAGAUGGUGCCCCAAUCCUUUUGAUCCACCUUCUGCUCCAACCUGCUGACCUUCUUUAACAAGACACCAAAGAUAUUUGAACUUCUUUGCUUGAGGCCGAGACCAACAAAUUUCCAGGAGGCAACAAUCCCCAAUUUUACAUCGAAACAGAUCAAAUAAAUAAAUCCAUAUUUUAUUAUUUAGGCUGUAAAAUAAUCUUUCAAUACAAUCCUACACUCUAUCUUAUAUGAUUCACAGAUCAGUGAUACAGUACAUAAAUCUUAAAAAAACACCAAAUAUCAAAUGUUAUGUAAUUUAUAGAAUAGGUUUAUUAAAUUAUGUUGUAUAUUUUAAAAUAGUAUGGUGUGUGUGUGUGUGUGUGGGGGGGGAGACUAAAUGCCAGUACAAAGAUAUUAUUUGCAAUAUAAGUGAACAGCAAAUAAUUGUUUUAAUUCUUUGUUGUUGGUUGUUUUGUGUUAAUACUAAGUAGGCUCUUCAUCCUUUUAGUUAGUUUGCUGACUGAAAUCUUCAAAGGAGGGGAAAUGUAACAGAGCAGCAAAACUUGUUACGCCAAACAAAUUUAGGAUUUUAUGGACGUAUAUCAAUGAUAGGAAAAAAAGGGUCAGUAAAAAGUUCAGUAUAA